UGAAAUAGCAGAUUUAUUGACACUAUGGGUCAGAUGGAACACUGGAAUCAGUAGGCCUAUGAAACAUAUACAGCCGUAUAUAUAUAUAUCUAUAUAAAGUUGUUUUGAACCUUUAACCAUUUAACCAGAGGUCAUAUCACUGAUUUUUUUUCAGGAAUGACCAGUUCACAUAUUCAAACCAUGUCAUGGCUGAAUGUUAUAUUCAGAUAAGAUUUGCAAGGGUGUGGUUGUUGCUAGGCAUACCCAAAUAAGUCUGACCAAUUCAGUAUAAUUGCCUUAUGCUUGUCAAAAGCUAGAAUAAAUUGUGGACUGCAGUUACUUAGGCUUGCAUGAGUGCUCUUGCAUGCUUACUGUUGAAAGUCUGGUAAUGGAGCUUUUGACUGUUUUGACUUCAUGUUUCCAUCAAGCGCACCCCCAACAAAGAAAUCAGUCAAGACAAAUAUAGAAGAACAAGCACUAACAGGAAGUACAAGCACAUUUCUCUAUGACAGUGUAAGCUAUACAUUCAAGCAAGCAAGAUUCACCGGAAUGGCUAUAACAUACUUGGUGUUUGAGCCGUCAGGCAGCGAAGGACCUGUGAACUUGACAGACUACGAGAACUAUACAGACGAUUCUACAGUAGAGUUUGAUUGUCCUCAAAAUGAGAUGGGCCUCCAGACCUUUUAUGAUGUGUUCAAGCCAGUGCUUUAUAGCUUGAUCUUCCUGCUGGGUGUGGCAGGGAAUGGCCUGAUGAUAACAGUCCUCCUGAGACGUCGGCACCUCCUGCGUAUCACUGAGAUCUACCUACUGCACCUUGCCCUGGCUGACCUCAUGCUCCUUUUUACAUUUCCUUUCGAAGCAGUUGACAGUGCCAUUGGUUGGGUGUUCGGGGAGAUUCUCUGCAAGCUGAUACAAGUGAUGAAACAUCUUAACCUCCUUUGUGGGAGUUUCCUUUUAGCUUGCAUUGGGUUUGAUCGGUAUUUGGCUAUUGUUCAUGCUAUACCUAGUAUGCAAAGUCGACGUCCGAGAACAGUUCACCUAACAUGCAUUUUAUUAUGGCUGGUCUGUCUAGGUUUAUCAAUUCCCAAUGUUGUGUUUCUGAGCGAGAUAAAGGGUGCCUGCUCAUAUCAUCAUUUUGGUAUUCAUGCAAACAACUGGGUUUUGACCAUGAGAUUAUUUGAUCAUAUGUGCUUUUUCCUACCUCUGGCUGUCAUGAGCUAUUGUUACACAGCAGUGGUUGUAACUUUGUGCCACAGUCAGAAAAGCCAAGCAAAGCAAGGAGCAAUUCGACUGGCUUUACUAGUCACUCUUGUAUUUUGCUUCUGUUGGCUACCAUAUAAUGUCACCUUAGUGGUAACAACUAUCGUAGACCUGAAAUUUCUCACACUUAACAGCUGCAGAUCCUACAGUCAACUGAUAGUAGCCUAUGAUGUGACAAAGAGUCUGGGUUUCUCACACUGUUGCCUGAACCCUUUCUUAUAUGCCUUUGUUGGGAUGCGGUUUCGCAAUGAGCUAAUACGGCUACUUUGUCAUUUGGGCUGCGGCCGUGUUUGUAUGCCUUUCAUCAGAGGUCAGGGUCACAGUCGCCCCUCCAUUUCAGAUGGAGCAACAACCACCAGCAAUAUUCUCAUCUAAUAAACUGUUACACAGUGUCAGCUGUAAUUAAAAUGCUUCUAUGCUGUUCUACACUAUUUUGUUUGUACUGAUGGAAAAUGUUAUAAUUUGAUUAGAUGUUCUUACAAUACAGUACCCAUUGCUACUUUGAUUGCAUUUAAAAUGUGUUUUAUUUACCCAGUCAAAUCUUUUUUUAUUGUUGGCCAAAAUCUGUUUUAGCUUGUAUUUUAGCAACUGUUAACUGAAUUUCAUUUAUUUUUUUAUUUUAAAUAAAGCUUUCCAUAUAUCAUA